AUGGCGAUUGGGAAUCAAAAGAAGAUCAGCGAGGCCAAGGAUGAGUCGGUAAGAAAAGAACUUUAUAUGUGCAGUUUGUGUUUUUAGAACAACCUCUUGAUCAAUGUGAUACGCACAAUUGCCACCAGUGCGUCGGAUGAUCAACGAGAAUUGGCCCGUGAACGUCUUCAAACCGGCUAUCAGGACUCGGGAAAAGUCAUCGAUCGACUGCUCACUGAACAAGAAGAGGAUGUAAAGACAAGCGUGGAGUCUUUUAGAGAUGUCGCCAGGAACAUCAGAGGUAUGUUAGCUGCUUAA